AUGUCCUCCGAAAGGACUCUGCCUGCGCAGUACCUACACACCGGUCCAACGCCAGCGCCGCAGGCCGAGCAGGUCUGUCAGGCGGACCCUGCAGCCAUGAAGCUUACCCGUGGCACCAGCUGCGUCCUCUGUCAGCAGCGCAAGGUCAGGUGUGACAAGAGAAAGCCCUGUUCCAACUGUGUCAAGUCCGGCGCCGAGUGCAGGGUCAUCCCCCCGGCGCCUCCUCGCCGGAGAAGGAGACGAAUUCAAGAGAAGGAACUCAUAGAACGUCUCCAGCGGUACGAAACCAUAUUGACCGAGCAUGGCAUCCACUUUGAUCCCAUCGGCCAUGAUCUGCCGAGCGACCUCCCGCCGAUGGACGGUGUCGACGAGCUCGAAGAUGAGUUUGAGAGCCUCAAGGCGUCACCGGAUGUCGCCGGCACAUCACGAUCUGCGGCAUCCCGGAAGGAAAGUGAACAGCUCCUCCGUGAUUCUUCCGACGACGAAGUCGAUGGCUCGACUCUCCACCGUGCGUUCGACAACAUGUUCGGCAACCAGGGUGGCUUUCCCUUCGUCACCGAUGGUCGGGUAGAAUCCGUCACUGACGCCCAUCCGUCCACAAUCCAAAUAUUUCAACUGUGGCAGCUCUACAUUGACAACGUCAAUCCGCUGUUGAAGAUCACCCACGUCCCCACCGUCCAGGGUCAAAUUGUGGACGCAACAUCAUGCUUGCACAGGAUGCCGAAAAACAUCGAGGCUCUCAUGUUUGCCAUAUAUUCAAUGGCCGUUACGUCCCUCGACGAUGCCGAGGUUCUUGAAAGAUUCGGGGAGCUGAAAAGGGAUCUUCUCGGGCGCUACUUCUCGGCUCUGCAGCAAGCCUUGCUCAACGCUGGCUUUUUGCGCAACGACGACUUCACAUCGCUGCAGGCAUACACCCUGUACCUGAAUGAUGGGCUGACUGCGCAGUUGGCCUUGCGAUGGUACGUGGAUCCGCGUCACGUCUUUUGCUUGAUCGGCAUUGCCGUCCGCAUCGCGCAGCGGAUGGGCCUCCACCGCGACCCCGCCGGAUUCGGCCUUUCGCCGUUCGAGAUGGAGCAGCGCCGGCGUCUGUGGUGGACAAUCGUCGGGUACGAUCGCCGCAUCGGCGAGAUAACGGGCUCGACCGUCACAGCGCUGUCGGGCGGUGGAGAUUGCAAGAUGCCCCUGAACGUCAACGACGCCGAUCUUCACGUCGAGGGCACGGAUUCGCCUUUGCCCCACAGCGGCCCGACGGAGAUGCUCUUCGCCCUCAGCCGCGUUGAAAUGGCCAUGGCCGUUGCUGGCAAUGGCAGCCGGGACUGCCACAGGGUGAAUAAGACCAAGACGGCCAAGGUCGGUCAAGGCUCAUCGCAGACAUCGGCCGCGAGGAGUCCGGGGGCAACCAUUCGCAUCGCCGGACAAGAGUCGCCGUCGUACACCCUCGACGGGUUCUGUGCGCACGUCGAAGGCAAAUACCUGCCACAGUGCGACCCAAAGAUCCCCCUGCACCUCUUCACUUUGACCAUGACGCGGCAAACGUUGUGCAAGAUGCGCAUCGUUGACUUCCUCGUCCGAAUACACAACGCGGAAGCGAUGCCGCUCGAGGACGCCGAGCGAGACAGCCUGUUCGAGCUCUCCACGCAGAUGAUCGAGCACGACAAUACCGUGCAAUCGUCCGAGAGCCUACGACCUUUCAGGUGGUACUCGAUGCACUACUUUCCCUUCCCGGCAUACAUGUUCCUCGUCCAGGAGCUUCGUACCCGUGUCACGGGCAUGCCGGUGGAGCGAGCGUGGAGCACAAUGGCUAGCAAUCACGAGCUCAGAGGCUUGCUCAGCCACUCGCGCAGUCCUAUGCACAUGGCUUUUGGAAAUCUAUUCCUGAAAGCAUGGGACGCUCAUCAGGCAGCCAUGCAAGCCACGGGCGAAGAAGUCAACCCUCCACAGUUUAUUGGCCUUCUCCGCCAACGGUCGGAGGUGCGUCGCAAGGCUCGGGCAGAGAACCUUCAGGAUCCGGACCUCGAGGCAACGCCCGUUGAUCUCCCGUCGGCGCAAAGCCGUGGAAAAACCACAGCCACUGGCUCGUGGGGACGAGUCGAAGCGAUGACGCCCUCGUCAGCGGAUGCGUCCGUGACCGGCACUGCACCGGCACCACCUACGCCUCACGUCCCCACGCAGUUGCAUGGUAAUGGAAUGGACUGGUCGUACCUUUCGCCCGAGUAUGAUGAUGUCGGAGCAUUGCAGGCGUUUGGCAACUUUGGCGCAUUCGGGCUGCCGAUGGAAGAAGACAGGGGCGGCCGCCAGGGAGCGGGAAGUAUGUUUGACAAUUAA